GUUCAAUUUAGCAAACCGAUAACCAGUAGUCCAGUUCGCGAGAGGAGAAACAUGCUAUCCAUGCUGUCAUGAGAUUCAUGACAAAAAUCUCGGAUAAAUGAAAAUACGUCAUCAAUUCGGAUUGUUCGCCUUCAUAUUUGGAACUUACCUGGGUUUCAUGUACAUGUUCCUAACGGAACUGGAACCGAUAUCAGAGGAUGCAAAACAAUGCCCUCCACCGUUGCUUUGUCCUACGUGUCUUUGCCAAAAGUGUCCUGAAUGCCCGAUUCGCAAGCGGAAUUGUCACACGGCCUCGCGACCUCGAGAAGAAAAAAGGCGUUACCCGUGCUAUCCUCACAAACUCGUCAUGACCACGUUUGAUCGGGGUGGUAUUGGCAACAAGAUGAGUGAAUAUGCCACGUUAUUAGCAAUAACAACGAUGUCCGGCUACUAUCCAGCCGUCUCUCAGACACUCUACGAUGUGCUGAGUGAAGCAUUUUCCAACAUAAAUCACUUGCCUUUUAAUGUUUCCGAUGAAUGCAUUGACGUGGUGCGCUACCUGGACCCAGGAGGUGAUCCCAAAGUGGUGGAUCUGUUCUUGAAUAAGCACGCUGGAAAGUAUCCCUACAUUCAUCUGAUCAAUUAUCCUAAUGCUGUGAGGGUGUUCCAUAAGAUGUAUCACGUGCUAAAGCACCAAUUCACCUUCAAGCGAAAAGUAUUUGAGCUGGCUAGCCAGUUUGUUGAUUUGGUGGGUCUGGACUUGCAAUAUGAGAUCCCAAACCCCAUAUUUGUAGGAAUCCAUGUUCGCCGCAUUGCCUACGAUCACCAUUUACAAAUCACUCAAAAUGGAUCGCUUGUUGAGGUGGAAUAUUUCAAGAGAGCCAUUACCGCUCUUCAAGACUCACUAAACCUCACGAAUGAAAAUGCAAUGAACCGAAUGGUUUUCUUUGUCACAUCUGACGACGAAAAAUGGUGCAAACGGGUUUUCUUUGACAUUGAAGCCGUCUUGUUCUUCCCAUCGGACUUUUACCGCAAAAUGCCAGUGGUGUCCAAGGCUCACUUCGAUUUGUGUAUUAUGUCUCUCUGCAACCAUUCAAUCUAUGACUAUGGGACCUUUGGGUUUUGGGGUGCAUAUCUAGCGGGAGGGCACACCAUUUUAGCCCAUAAUAUUGGAACUGGGAACAACACAGAAGUGGAAACCAUCAAGCAAGCAAAUCUACCCAACUGGCACUUUAUUGAUGCUCAUCCACCUCCUGUGGAACCAAAACCGGACUAUUCGUCAUUAUACCGGCGAGUUUGACGUAUUUCGUUUUAUUUGUUGGAUGUAUGA